GUUAAUGAUUACUAAAGCAAGAUGCGGUACGUGCUGAGCGGAGAUCGGCGUACGCGGUGAACGACAUUGAACUUAUCUCUUGAGCUCAUUGAAACUAUACUCUCAACUCUACGCACGCUGCAUAGUCGCAUAACUGCUUUCGAGGUGGGCGGGUGGCGAAUUCGAAGGUGUGUGUGUAUACAUAGAUCUGUGACUAUAGUUACUGAUUGUAAUACAACGGUGUUGUAUGUUUUUCGGUAUGUCUUUCCUUGUAGAUAGUUAACUUGUAAUCGUGUCCAGCGUGUGUUUUCUGUCACGAUCGGUUUGAUAAAUGCCCGAGGUUUAAUCAAGGAAAUGUUCACGUGACGAGGAAAUAGUACAACGGGACCUGUGCGCGGUGAAAGUCAGCGAAGAAAACAGUCCACGACAAUCACUAGGGUCUGAUUCAUGCAGCUUUGCGGAAGACAGGAUGGGUCUUUUGAAGUAACAGAAUCGGGGAUAAUUUGAAGAGGUGGGUGAUACCUGUCCCGACGAUUAUGAUCGAAUCGUCAGUCGUGUGACGGACGGCAUGGCGAUUUAAGGGACUUCUAUGGCGUUGCUAUGUCCAAAACGUUAAUUGCAACCCAAGCUUAUAUUCUAAUUGUAAAGGAAGUGCUGUUAUAAUCUUCCAUGGACUUUACGGUCCAGUGCACGCGCCGAUGUUUGUCACGUGAUACAAUCUUACAACCGCCGUUCAUAAACUCGUCUGCUCAAUCAAUACGCAGACGAUAUCCAAGCCAGCUGUGAUCCACGCGGUGUAGCAGACGACAAAUAUACAAUGUCAUAUUCAGUGGAUAUUAGCCCGUUUUGAUGUCGGUCGACAGCGAUUAGUGGCAAGUGAAUUUCUUUUACAUGAAACGUGUGAGCUGUUGUUGGACUGCCCCCCAGCGUGGAUACUGUCAAGCGAUGACUGGGUUUACUGAGAUGUUUGCUGACAAAUUACACAGACGAUGCUUCUGUCCACUGUGUCGUCUGCCCAUGAGAGACCCAGUCUUCAUUAGCUCCUGUGGACACCGAUUUUGUGAUGUUUGCCUUCAAAGCUUUAUAAGUGCUGGUAACAUCAAGUGCCCUGAUGACGACACAACUAUAGAUUAUGCAAAGAUCUACCCCGACCAGGAGCUGCAGUCAGAGAUCAUGAACACACACAUCCGAUGUCGCCACCACAAGGAGGGCUGUCGCUGGGUGGACAAGUUGCAGAACCUUCAGGCUCAUCUCCACAACUGCCGCUAUGACGCUGUGCCGUGCCCCAACAGGUGCCCUGCCAAGCUGUCCCGGGUGUGCCUGGAGGACCACAUGGAGUUCACCUGCCCCAAACGGCACGUCACCUGCGACUUCUGCGGUCAGAUCUUCGCAGGGGAAUACUUCGAGAUGACCCACUCAGGAAACUGUCCGAAGGAAGUGACCUUUUGUGAAAACAAGUGUGGUGCUAAGUUAGAGAGACGCUUUCUGAACAACCACAUGAAGAACGAGUGCCACAAGCGAACUGUUCACUGCAAGUUCUGUCAGCGGGAAUUUGUGCAGGAGACAUUACAGACCCAUCAGUACCAGUGCCCACGGUAUCCAGUGCCCUGCCCCAACCGAUGUGAUCCAACUAAAAUACCUCGGGAGGAGAUGGAUGUCCAUGUACAGGAGAUAUGUCCCUCAGCAACGGUGCCAUGUGCCUUCAAAGACGCAGGCUGCAAGUUCAAGUGUGUUUCCUUGCAGUGCCCACGGUUCAGCAUGGACCGCCAUCUUGAAGACUCCAUGAAGAUUCAUCUCCAGUUCAUGUGUGACCUUGUCAAGAGGCAGCAAGGUCAGAUCUCGCAACUCUGCAAUGCUCUCCACGCAGUGACGCAAGUAACAGACGGGACGUUCAUGUGGAAGAUCAGCAACUACAAAGCCAAAUACAUUGAAGCCAUUUACAAGAACGGGAAGGAGAUUGUCAGCCAACCCUUCUACACAUCUCGCUACGGCUACAAGGCAGCGCUGUCUGUGUUCCUGAAUGGGAACGGCGCUGGUGAAGGCAAAUAUUUGUCGGUGUAUAUCAAACUCCUGCCUGGAGAGUAUGACAAUGUACUGGACUGGCCGUUUUUGUUACCGGUGUCAUUCACAAUUUUCGACCAAUGCAGUGACCCAGAUAUGAGAGUGAACAUAACGGAGAGCUUCGUGCCUGAUCCCACGUGGAAGCACUUCCAGAAACCCAGCAAAGACAUUGAAUCUCUAGGAUUUGGCUACCCCAAGUUCGUGUCACAUGAGAUAUUGAAAUCCAGGGAUUAUAUCAAAGACGACUCCAUCAUUGUGAAAGUCUGUGUGGACAACAAGAGGUUCAUCUUGCCUUGAGCAGGACACCAUAGUCAAACUGUGCCAUCAUUAACAUAUUUAUUACAUGUGACUUUUAUCAUAACACUCAGUGCUGGGACAUAUAAGUCGUAUUUGUUUGUUCACAACUGUGUAUAACAUGGAUAUUCAAAAACAUUUGUUCCACCGGGGACAUACACAUUAUCAGUUGUAUGCAGCCCUUGAAUGGAUUCAGAUCAAAUGGAAACUAGGUUGCGUCUCACAAAUGUUUUCUCAGUCAAGUAUAUUUCAAAUACUGAAAAAUAUUUGAAUUUCUUGUAAAAACAUCUUGCCCAACUUGCACAAAGUGAUCUUAGUGCUAAAAAUAAGUGAAAUUUAAACAUAGAUCAACAAAAGCAAUAACAUGGCUUUGAGAUACAUGCAUUUGUCAGGACUCACAAUUUUUAUUGUGGGAAUUUCUGAGGAAGAGAAUAUAUGGAUGUCAACUUCUUUAUUAGGAGGAACAUCGUAAUAAAGAAGUUGACAUCCGUAUAUAUUCUCUUCCUUAUGUGUAUCACUUCUAAAUGCCUUUCAAAGACCUAUGAAUUUCUGCUUCUAAUUUUCCUCAUUCAAUGCUAUAAACUACAAAACAGUAGUAAAUUUGGCAAUUGAUCAUCAAAACAAUCUGAUGUCUGAGGUAUCCAUUAUGGGGGAGGGAACUGACUCAAAAUAUUUAAUCAGUGUGUUAUAAAAGAAAUGGAUGUUAUUUAUGGUGUGUCCAUGCUCCCCACCCUUCUACUACAAAAAAUGAUUUAUUCAUACAAGAACUGGCAUUAAUAUCCAAGUCAAAUAUUUGACAUAUUUAAUGACAUUUUUCUUUAAUUUCAGUAUUCUUGCCAGUGAUCAAUUAGCAAAGAAUUCAGGCUAACAGGCCAGUGAUAAUAUUAUUACCCAGUAUAUUUGUCACGACAUUUUGUUGUCAUUAAUCAACAUUUGAUGUUUGUUGUGAUAGCUAAUGUUUGUUUGAGACAGACACAAGUUUUAUUAGUCAGUUUAGUUAUCAAUGUUAACAUACUGAGUAUGAAAAUAUUUAUUUAAAAAUUAAUGUUGAGGGGAAAGGAUUUUCUCCUUAUGAAGCAAUAUUAGCAUUCAGUAGACAGAUAAAUUAUGUAUAAUAAAGUAUGUUCCAGUUCUUUUCAACACAUUUAAUGAUCAGUUCCUGUGUUAAGAGUUACAAGAUUUCCAUCUCGUGCCCAUCAGUGUUGGAUUAAGAACGUCAAGGGGUCCUUGUCAUUUUUUGGAGUCGCUAGAUUAAAGUAUACCUCAGAGAUCCCAUAACAUACAAACUUUUCGAACACUGCUUACCCAUUUUAGUUUAACCUUUAUUCUGGCAGAUGUUCUUUGUGCCAAGUUAACAAUAAUUGCCUAAACAUUUUGUAAAUAACAAAAUAAGUACAAGUUACAAGAGUAAGAAACUUCUCCAGUGUAUGAAGGGACUUGUAAUGUUGAUGUGAUAUAGCCUUCUGAUCAUGCUGAGGCUGUGUGUGUUUCUAGUCAUCUCAUGGACACAGUGCUGCUCAGUGUGUGUGUUGGGUUGGGGGUACAUAAGCUUACAAAGCUCACGUUUUUUACCCAAGGAUGAUAUCUUUCAGUACAGCAGGUUCCAUCCUAAUGGAUCAUGUCAUAUUUUGAUGAAUUUUGCGACAACCGUUUUCCAUUCUUCUCUAACUAGAUGGUGAUAAGGUGAUCUAGCUGAUGGGUUUGCUUAUGCCAUCAACCACUUGUUGUCUGGUCCAGACCUGAUUGUUUUGUGGGAUGAUAAAACUAUCAUAUUGCUCACUACAUGAAAACCCAUUCACCCACUUAUCCCUCGUUUGGACAUAUUUCUGUAGAUCUGUUGCUGUUAGUUAUACCUUCUUUGCCUCUGCAAAAUCUAACCACUUCACUGGUAAUGACCCAUGUGGAAGUAUGCAGGUGCUUGUUCCUGCUACAGACAAGCUGCUUUUAUAGCAUCUAAUUCACAGCUAACAGGGAAUACGGCUUCAACAUAGUCACAGCUAGCAGGGAAUACCGCUUUCCUAGCAACUUAGUCACAGCUAGCAGGGAAUAUAGGAUAGACAAGUAGCAGGGAAUAGUUCCGUAGACAGUCAGAUACCAGAAUGAUUGGUGAUCCUUCAUAGUGAGAGCAGUAGUUUUGGAUCUACUGGUGAAAGUAUGCCCAAUGCUGCUUGAUAAUUUGGUAUGUUUGAAGAGGCUUGAUACAAUCCCAUUAUGUGCAAUAUUGCCUUUGCAUAACAUAAAAAACAUAAAAACACUAUCACAAGGCUCAUCGAUCUCUACCUUACUUCCAAUAACCUCAACACACUGACAUUAUUAGGCUAAUAAUUGUAGUUGGUUCUCCGGCACUGAUGAUUUAGCCGAAACACAUGAAAGCAUUUUAUUUCGGGUUUUAGACAAAAAUAAAUACAAGUAAAUGUCAGACAUUUUUACACUAAACUACAUGCUCACUCCGUCAAUAUCACUGGGGGAGAAACAGAUGUUUUAAUGUUUUAUGUCUGUGUGUCAUUUCGGAAGAAGGUCAAUAUCAAAUAUUCGUACGUCCAUGGCAUAAUUAUUUCAUCAACAUAAUUAUCUCAAUUUGUAUUGUACAACAUAAUUGUUUGAAUUGAUUUUCUAUUUGUUUUACAUGCAUUUAUUUAUGUAUGUUUACAGGGAAUAUGCCUUUUAUUGUGUUACAACAUACUGCAUAUAUUUCUGUACUGUUGUCGUAUAUGUUUGAUAUAUAGAGGGGUUCUCCAGACUGAGGGGUCAGUGUUGAUAAUGAUAGAAGAAUAUUUUUUACUUUAAACACACUGAUCUUAGUACAGUUCUAAUUGUUCAAAUACCAUAAUAUUUCAUUCUAUUCUGAUUUAAGUUGUUAGAUGAAGACAAUUUAAAAAGAGAAAGUACUUAACAAAGAUGUGGAUAUUAUUUUCUUUUACUCAGUUGUUGGAUUAACUAAAACAGAUAAUGAUUUAGUGUAUAUUUGAUGUGGCAUGACGGAAACAGUGGAAGCUAUGAGAAAGUAAUGAUUGGAUGUUUGUCUCCUCUAACCUCACCUAGGGGCGGUCGGGUAGCCUAGUGGUUAAAGCGUUCGCUCGUCACGCCGAAGACCCGGGUUCGAUUCCCGACAUGGGUACAAUGUGUGAAGCCCAUUUAUGGUGACCCCCGCCGUGAUAUUGCUGGACUAUUGCUAAAAGCGGCGUAAAACCAUGCUCACUCACUCACUCUAACCUCACCUACCCAACACCCUGCCUCACAUCAUUCAAUGUUCUCAUGUACCUAAAGACAAAAGGUCUGGGUAAGUCUGGGUCUUCAGCAACUCUUGAUUGUCAUAAGAGGCGACUAAUUUGGAUCUGGUUGUCAGACUCAGUGACUUGGAUGGUGCAUGUCAUCGAUCCCAAUUGAGUGGAUCGAUGCUUCUGAUGUCAAUCUCUGGAUUGUCUGGUCCAGACUCGAUUAUUUACAGACCGUCGUCAUAUAGCUGGAAUAUUGCUGAGUGUGGCGUUAAACAACAAACAAACCACAUAGCAUAAGAUGCCUCUGCCUCACAUUUUAUAAAAGAAAUGAAUGAAAAUCUAAUCAAUAAUUUAUUGUACCCAAAAGGAUAAGAUAGGAUAUGAUAGGUCUCUUCAUGUGAUAUCUAGUUCCACUACUGACUCUCAACAAUAAGUCAUUUCUCAUCACCAACAACAUAGCCUAGUCCACAGUUUACAUAACAGCAUCAAAUACAAGGCCAAAAAUAGGUGAAGUAUAUGAGUUGUAGAAGUGUCACGAGGGGUGUAUGUAGUUUAAAGCGUACCACAUUAGGUUUUAUACCAGGAGCCAGAGGAUUUAUUGUCACACUCAGAAAUGUGCAGCCUGUUUUUUUCGUGGCGGGGUAUAAGGGAUUUAUUUCCCUCCCAGGCAGGAUACAUAGAAUUUUAGAGGUAAGAUAAUGCUUUGUAUUAUAGUGAAGAUUAUGGCAAAGUGAUUAAAAAUUGGCCUUGUGUCAAUUU